GGAAAGUGUAAUCAAUGCUUGGGCAUUCACGCUAAAUUGUAAAGAGAAAGACCGAAGCAGUGAUUCUACCAGUAGAGUAUUUGCUAAAGUCUUGCCCUGUCUUGAGACACAGGCAGACCUGGGAUUGAGUGCUGACAGUGCUUACCCCCUUUUUGUGGAAGCCAUUGAAUUUGGGUUGGAAGCAAUAAAAGUCAACACUGCACUUUCAAAAGUUGAUUUGUUUUUCUUCCCGAUCAUGCAAGUGCAUCACUGCUAUGUACUUUGUCUGAAUACUAAGCUGAAGCGUGUGGAUAUCAUUGAUAGCUCAUCUGCUAGAGCGCGCAAUAUUGAUAAAUACAGGGAAAUGC